AUGGCACUUCUACACACACUCUCACCUUUACCAAAACCCCUUCUCUUUUCAUCCUUCACCAAAAAGUCACUAUUUUUGACAAAAUCAACACCACCCAGAAACAGAACCAGAAAAACCUUUUCACUAACAGUUAAAGGCGUUGCAGCACCAACUACAAAAACUGAACCGAAUCAACCGUUCUCAGAAGCUGAAAGAAACGAUUUUGAUGAUGAAUUUGAGGAUGAGAGUUCUUCCUCCAGGUUUUCAUGGAGAGAUCAUUGGUACCCAGUUUCGUUGAUUGAAGAUCUGAACCCUAGCUUGCCAACACCGUUUCAGCUUCUGGGUCGUGAAAUUGUGAUUUGGUAUGAUAAUUCCAAAUCUCAAUGGGUUGUUUUUGAUGAUAAAUGUCCUCACCGUCUUGCCCCUUUAUCUGAAGGAAGGAUAGAUGAGGGAGGAAACUUGCAGUGUUCAUAUCAUGGGUGGUCAUUUGAUGGGAGUGGAGGUUGUGCUAUGAUCCCUCAGGCUUCACCUGAAGGUCCUGAAUCGCGUGCUGUUCGAUCUCAUAGAGCUUGUGCAACCAGGUUUCCUACCUUGGUGUCUCAAGGAUUGCUCUUUGUUUGGCCUGAUGAGAAUGGUUGGGAGAAAGCAAAUGCUUCCAAACCUCCAAUGUUGCCUGAUGACUUUGUAAAACCAGAGUUUGCGACAGUGAAUAUUCAGCGCGAUCUGUUUUAUGGCUAUGAUACUCUCAUGGAGAAUGUCUCUGAUCCUUCUCAUAUUGAUUUUGCUCAUCACAAGGUUACAGGGAGGAGAGAUAGAGCCAAGCCGCUUCCGUUCAAGAUGGAUUCACGUGGUUCAUGGGGAUUUUCAGGAGCUAAUGAAGGGAACCCGAGGAUCAGUUCCAAGUUUAUCGCACCAUGUUAUUACAUCAACAAGGUUGAGAUUGAUACCAAACUCCCAAUAGUCGGUGACCAGAAAUGGGUAAUAUGGAUAUGUUCUUUCAAUGUCCCCAUGGCACCUGGUAAGACUCGCUCCAUUGUUUGCAGUGCUCGAAAUUUCUUCCAGCUCACAGUGCCAGGGCCUGCCUGGUGGCAAGUGGUUCCUAGAUGGUAUGAACAUUGGACUUCAAACAAAGUAUAUGAUGGAGACAUGAUUGUCCUUCAAGGUCAAGAAAAAGUCUUUCUCGCACAAACCGAGCAAGGCGGUGACAUUAACAAACAAUACACAAGCCUCACCUUCACGCCGACACAGGCUGAUCGAUUUGUGUUGGCAUUUAGAAAUUGGCUGAGGCGACACGGCAAUGGACAACCGGAAUGGUUCAGCAAGAGCAGCUCGCCAUUGCCAUCCACCGUACUAUCAAAACGCGAGAUGUUGGAUAGAUUUGAACAGCACACACUAAAGUGUUCAUCUUGUAAAGGAGCUUACGAGGGAUUCAAAACAUGGCAGAAAAUACUGAUUGGUGCAACAGUUCUGUUUUGUGCAACUUCUGGGAUUCCAUCCGAUACCCAGCUGCGCGUAGUUCUGGCUGGACUCGCUGUUGUCAGCGCAGCCUUAGCUUUUACUGUACACCAACUAGAAAAGAAUUUUGUUUUCGUUGAUUAUGUGCACGCCGAAAUCGAUUGA